AUGAAAAUAUUGUCUUUCUUCUUUUCUUUUUUCUUUUUCUUCCUUUCUCCUUUAUUUUUGUUUCCCUUCUUCCUCUCCUUUUUCCUCUCCUUUCUCCUUUUUUCUCCUUCUUCCUCUCCUUUUUCCUCUCUCUUUCUUUCUCCUUUCUUUCUUUCUUUCUUUCUUUCUUUCUUUCUUUCUUUCUUCUCCUUUAUCUUCCUUUUCUACUUUAUUUUCCCCUUUCCCUUUUUCUUUUUUCUCCUUUUUGUUUCUCUUUCUUUCUCUCCUUUCUCUUUCUUUCUCUCCUUUCUCUUUCUUUCUCUCCUUUCUCUUUCUUUCUCUCCUUUCUCUUUCUUUCUCCUUCGUUCUCUUUUUUCUUUCUUUCUCCUUCGUUCUCUUCUUUCUUUCUUUCUCCUUCGUUCUCUUCUUUCUUUCUUUCUCCUUCGUUCUCUUCUUUCUUUCUUUCUCCUUCGUUCUCUUCUUUCUUUCUUUCUUCUCCUUUAUCUUCCUUUUCUACUUUAUUUUCCCCUUUUCCUUUUUUCUCCUUUGUUUUUCUUUAUCUUCCUUUCUCUUUUUCCUUUUCCUUUCUUUUCUUCUUUUUCUUCCUUUCUCUUUCUUCUUCUUUUUCCCCAAGUUGUUGAUCUGCCAGCACUAACAAAGUAA